AUGUUGGCCAGCGGCGAGAGCGCCGAGCUGCCCGAGCGGCGGCCGCGGCCAGACGCUACUGACGACGACGUCGACGACGCGGACAGCGAGAGCGAGGGGGAGGAGGAGGGGGACCGGUCGCGGGAGGUGCGCGUGGGGCCGGCCACCUUCUACAACGCGCCCAUCCACAUCGAGCACCUGGUGCUGGGGGACCAGCCGCAGCCACCGGCCGCGGACGUCCUGGCGCUCGGCUUGCCAGCGCAGCAGCCGCAGCUCAGCAGCCUGAGUAAUGUCAAGCCGCACAGCGCGCUGUGUCCGUGGCUGGGCAGCCCCGGAGAGUCCCACUGGAGGCUGCUGCUGUGUGUGGCGAGCGCCGUCGCAGCGGCCGCCACGAUCGCCAUCCUGGUCGUCAUCCUCCGGCGCAGCGACGGCAAUGCCGUGGACACCCGCCCUGCUAGACCUCCGCAAAACACGAGCGGCAACCUGACGGUGAUCGCCGAGAGCGAGUGGUCGUCGCAGGACAUCCGAGACCGGCGCGUCGGCCUGUCGCUGCCCGUGCGGUACGUGAUCGUGAGCCACACGUUCUCGGAGGAGUGCGCCGUCUACGACGAGUGCGUGCAGCUGUUGCGCGACCUGCAGCGGCUGCACGUGUCGGCGCGCGGCUACUACGACAUCGCGUACAACUUCGUGGUGGGCGGCGACGGCUACGUGUACGAGGGCCGCGGCUGGAACUACACGGCCGAGCGGCGGCCGCCCUUCACCGACAACAGCGUCACGCUGAGCCUGGCCGGCCGCUUCACGCAGGGCCUGCGGCCGCCCUCUGACCUCCAGAUGGCGGCGCUGCGGGCGCUGAUCCAGGAGGGCGUGCGCCGGGGCGCCGUCAGCGAAGAGUACCGCCUGUUCGCGCUCUGCCAGGUCGAGUACAACCAGAGCCCCGGCAGCCUCGCCUACCGGCUGGUCAAGAAGCUGCCGCACUGGUCGCUCUACAGCGGCGCCGCCCACGCCGGCAACUGCACCAGCUAGCGUCAGAAAUAUACCAGCCGGAAGUGCCAUUGGUUAUAACAUGGGCAAUAUCUGUCUCUUCGUAAUCUUUGUGUAUGCUAGGAAAUAGCCGGCCGCGGUGGUCUCGCGGUUCUAGGCGCGCAGUCCGGAACCGUGCGACUGCUGCGGUCGCAGGUUCGAAUCCUGCCUCGGGCAUGGAUGUGUGUGAUGUCCUUAGGUUAGUUAGGUUUAAGUAGUUCUAAGUUCUAGGGGACUUAUGACCACAGCAGUUGAGUCCCAUAGUCCUCAGAGCCAUUUUUGCUAGGAAAUAAACAAGCGAUUAUUUAUGCCAAGGAAGAAUACGAUCGCAGAAAUUUAAGCUGUCCUCUUAGGUUCCUGCCUAACCACACACUCGAAAAUCACCAAAUAUUAGGAAAUAAAAAGACAAAUAUUUUUGAAAAGAAACAGUCUGAAUUUUAUUGCUUAUCAUUUUACUCGCAGUAAUUUCAGUUGACCGUUUAGAUUCCUGCCCAACCACUCACAGGGAAACAGCUAUAUAUUCGGAAAUAAACAGUCAAAUAUUCCAGAAGGAGAUUUUCACUCUGCAGCGAAGUGUGCGCUGAUAUCAAACUUCCUGGCAGAUUAACACUGUUUGCCGGACC